AUGGUACAGAUGGAUCCCGGUGAAGAUAGAAGUGAGGCAAAGAGGCAGAUGAAGCACAUGAAUAUGGUGGGAUACGUGGCUGAUUCGGAGUAUGGGAUUCCGACGAGGUGUCCCUGUGGUGGGAGGAUAAUUAACGAGGUGAGGGGGAAGGACCAGUACGACACUCUUCCUGGGAAGCGGUUCUUCACGUGCAUUCACUACGAGGGUGAUGGGUUCCAUUAUCGUCAGCCUUGGGUGAUUGGUGUCCAGGAGCAACUCGAAAUCUUGACUAAGCGUGUGGAGGAGGCUGAGCAGCUGAUCAAGUGGGUGCCGGAGCUGAAACAACAGAUUGAGGGACUGGAGGCAGAGGUUAAAAGCCUCACGGGGGUUGUUGAUCAUCUCAACGCUGAGAUUUAUAACCUCACUGUGCAGGUCUCGCAGUUGGAGAAGGUCUGCUUCGACUAA